CUGUACUUGCAUUUAAAGCAACAUAUACUAUUCCCUUAACAUAAAUUCCCAGUAGAUUUACAGAUAGUUUCUGAUUCUACCGCAAAGGGUGUGCUUAGUUAGUUGACAGUUGAUGAACAUAGCUGAAACAAUCUUCAAAAGUGUAUUUAGGCGAAAAAGCGGAGAAACAGAUGGGUAAAGAGAUGUCACUUCUAUUACAGCCGCGAUGCCUAGUGAUCUUCUUUGUGGCUUUAGUUCUCGUCUUUCUUGCUUCCUCUCUCUGGCUAAAGGGAGAGGAAAAGACAGAAAGGGUUUAUGAAAUUACUCACAAAGUGUUCUUGGAUGUUGAUAUAGAUAAACAACGUAUAGGAAGAAUUGUGAUUGGAUUAUAUGGACUUGUUGUACCAAAAACUGUUGAUAAUUUCAGGGUUUUGUGCACAGGAGAAAUGGGCAGAACUGCUGAUGGAAUAGCUCUUCACUACAAGGGAAAACUAUUUCAUCGUGUAAUACCUGGGUUCAUGAUUCAAGGAGGUGAUGUUGUGUAUGGCGAUGGAAGGGGAAAUGCUUCCAUAUACGGUGGUCCCUUUCCUGAUGAGAGUUUCACGAUAAAGCAUGCCCAUGCAGGUGUUGUUUCCAUGGCGAACUCAGGACCCAACUCCAAUGGCUGUCAGUUCUUUAUACCCACAAUAAAGACAAGCUGGUUGGAUGGGGAGCAUGUUGUAUUUGGCAAAGUUAUUGAAGGUAUGGACACGGUAUAUGCAAUAGAGGGCGGAGCAGGAACCUACAGUGGGAAACCUAGGAAAAAGGUGAUCAUUGCAGACUCUGGGGAAAUACCAAAGAGCGAGUGGGAUGCAGAGAACCAGAGUGCAACAUCUUAAAGGAUAGAGCGAAGUUUGAACUCACUAACCUACCCUGUAUAUUUUGACAUAUGUUAUUUUGUUUUUUAUCAAGAAACUUGUUUCUAUGAUGCUAAUUAUCUUUCCAGAUUGAUCUCUUUAACCUUCUCUUACAUAAGUUAUUGUUUUCAUUCACAAUAACUGAUUGGAAUACUUGGUACUCCCAAAAUGUUAUAGAGAGAUUGAAGUGAAUGCAAAUUUGCCAUUUGUGGUUGUAACGCA